AGACAGGGGAAAAUACAUUGCGGCUGCACACUGGGAGUCAGCCGUGAACUCUGCUGUCCCGUGAGGUCCGGUGAUGUAUGAUCUCACAACAUGCAACUGGUUAUGUAAACAAACUCAUUAAUCCAGAAGUGUGCUUAUUAUACUGGCCUACUAGUGAGUGGAGGGUCAUUGUACGCGGUGCUGUCGACAUUCUACUGUACUUGAAUAUAAAGGAUGGGCGUGAGUCGCCCUCGAAAGGGAAGCGAGGGGGGAUCCAUUUUCAGCAUAGAAGGCGAGCUCACUGCUCAGUUCACUCUGCGCGCUGCUUCCUAUGCGGAGUGAGAGAGAGGCGCUAUGGAUACUACAGGAAACACCACACCAGCUGUCUGAAGACCAGCCAAAUAUCAACUGAAACGCACAGGAGGGAGGGGAGUGUGAGAAACAUAGGUUGUGUGUGUGUGUUAAAGUGUGGAUGUUAGAGAGAGCGAGAGAGAGGACUAAGGUUGGACCAGGUGAUCACGUCCUAUCAAACCUCCAAGGAGCUGCCGGCCAGGAUCAGUGUUUACAGGAAGGAUCAGAGUUCCGACCAGAACAUGGUGGUGCCAGCCCGCUGCCCGGGACCCCGUGCCAUGCUGGCGCUCAGCCUUCUCAUGGGAUACGGCGUGGUGCGCUGCGUCGCCGGUCAGAACGACACGGAGCCCAUCGUACUGGAGGGGAAGUGUCUGGUGGUCUGCGACUCCAACCCGUCCUCAGACGGCGGGGUGACUUCAUCGCUCGGGAUAUCCGUCCGGUCGGCUGGCGCCAAGGUAGCUUUCUCCGCGGUGCGCGGGACGAAUCACGAGCCCUCCGACAUGAGCAACACGUCCAUGACCAUCUACUUUGACCAGGCUUUAGUGAACAUCGGCAACCAUUUCGAUCUGAAAGCGAGUGUCUUCCAGGCGCCAAGGAGGGGCAUAUACAGCUUCGGGUUUCAUGUGGUCAAGGUCUACAACAGACAGACCAUACAGGUCAACCUGAUGCAGAACGACUACCCGAUCAUAUCAGCUUUCGCCGGUGACCAGGACGUCACUCGGGAGGCGGCCAGCAACGGCGUUCUUCUGCAGUUGGAGCGCGAGGACCGGGUGUAUCUGAAGCUGGAACGGGGCACGCUCAUGGGCGGAUGGAAAUAUUCCACGUUCUCAGGCUUCCUUGUCUUUCCACUAUAAUUUAAUAUGUGAUCACGGAAAUCGCAAACGUGACUCCUCCAUGGUUGAGGAACGAUUAAAAAAACAACAAAUUUGCUCUUUUAUUUGAAGUGAACUGUCAGAGGAAGAAGACAGAAUCGUAUGUGUACACACUACACACUUUACAGUAUCUAUUUCAUUCAAACAUUAACGUUUCCAUGGAGUUCGUACAUCCAAAUCCAUCGACUAAAACCCUAUCUGGAAGGAUAAUCGAAUCGAUCUACCCGUGAUGUAUAGGCCUACCACUUGUCGAUUAUUUGGAUUUUAUCGCUUGGGAGUCAAAUAACUUUUGUCAACAGACUGUCAAGUCAGUCUACCUCUGUGUACCCUGACUGUUGAACAGAUGAGAAUAAUAUUAUAUAAAUCGAAAAGCUUAAAACUUCCCGAACUAACGUGUAUUUACCAAUGCUCUCUCUAUUUUGUGUUUGUGUAGCCUUAAAUAAUAAUGUUUCCGUGAAGUGAGGUGUAUGGAAUUCUUAUGGACGUCCAGAAGAAGAAGAGUGCUUUCACGCCGAAGCCUUUUUU